AUGUCCGAGGCCUCGAUCCAGCUGUAUACCUUGCACCACACAACGCAAGUGGCCAAGCUGCUGCUAGGCGAGCUCGCCGAAGAUCAGCUCUCCACCAAGCUCCCCAACAGCGAUGCCCAGGGCGCCCGCGAUCUGCAGACCUUUAUCGCCGUCAAGUUUGGCAGGGUGGCGGACGCGAGCAAGGUGUGGCUGGCCAAGCAGCAGUACCUUCAGGGUCAUUGGAGUCUCAUGCUGACCCCCGAGGACGAGCGAAACGCCCGCAUCAUCGUCAACCCUGAUGUCAUCGUCACGAGCCUGACGGACCAGGAACAAGCGCUCUCCGCGCACGGUCUUCCCGAGGGUAGCCAGGCGAUUGCCGAGCAGGCCAAGAAGCUCGGCGAGCUCGUGUUAAACCACAAGAGCCUGUGGUCCUCGCUUGUCGAGGCCCAGAAGCGCAAGGACGCCGCCGACGCCAAACUGCUCGCCGACCCGAGGCCGGUCAACGCGACUAGUGACAAGUUCGCCGCAGCCAUGCUCUAA